CCCAACGUUACUCUUCCGCGGCUCCCCUGCCAAUUCAUUACUCGCGUCCCCAAAAAUUUGAAUCUACUACUACAGAGCAAGCGAGAGAGAGAUCGAGAUGGCGGACUGGGGUCCGGUGGUGAUCGCGACGGUGCUGUUCGUGCUGCUGACGCCGGGGCUGCUGUUCCAGCUGCCGGCGCAGGGCCGGAUCGUGGCCUUCGGCAGCAUGCACACCAGCGGCCUCGCCAUCCUCGUCCACGCCAUCCUCUACUUCGCCCUCAUCACCAUCUUCCUCGUCGCCAUCGGGGUCCACAUCUACGCCGGAUAGCUGCUCUGCUCUGCUCUGCUACCCCCAUCUACAUCGACCCUUCUCCGCCCGCAGCAUGCCUUAUUGCCUUGCCUAAGCCCCUACGGCUGGCUACUUUCACUCUCUCGACGCUAGUUUAAGAUUGUCUUCUGCUGUAGUAUUGUGGUUGCUGUAGCUUCUCCUGUCUUGUUUGAUCAGAGACGCGGGAUGCGGAAUCAGUGUGGUUUGUUGGAUCGGCUGGGAUUAAAUUGGAGAUGACAUGUUCUUCUCUAAAUCCAGCUCGAAAGCGUUCUCCUUUCUCAUGUAUUAAGAUUGGGCCUGUUAACUUAUCAAGCUUUUUUUUGGAAAAGUUAUCUGCUUCCUUCAA